CCGCGGCCCGCCCCUCAGCGCCGUUUCCAGCCGGCGGCGUUUGGCCGGUGCACGGCGGCAGCGGCGGGAGAUCCGCAAAGGCGGCGGGAGCGGCUCCGGGCGUCGCGAUGUCAGUUAAGAGAGCAUUAAAGCUGGACAAUGUUAAAAAAGAUAUUCCAUCUAAUGCAACACCUUUGAAGACCAAAAGGAAAAAUCUAAACUCUUACUCACCAACAACAGGAACAUGUGAAAUGAGUCCAUUCUCAUCUCCCGUGAGUCAUAAUGCACCAAUUCUCAAGAAUCACCUGUCAAAUGGAGACAGAAUGAAGCAGAACGGUUCAGCAAGCAAAUUACCCAGAAGAGGGCAGCCUCAAACAGAGGAGGAUGUGUUCAUGGAGUUGCAGUCCAAAGUGGAAAGGUCACUGGACAGAAUCCUGAAAAUAAGAGCAAAUCUGACAAGCCUCCAGGCUUUAGAGGGCAGUAGAGAGCUUGAAAAUAUUGUUGGUGUCUCAGCCUCGUCUCCCGACUUGAGGGAUGAAGUGCGGAAAACCCAAGAGCUAAUGAGUCAAGCAGAAGAACUGCAGCUGCUGAAAAGAGACCAUGGAAAACUUCUUGCUCAAAGGUGCGUUCAGACCACCAAUAGCUCCGCGUUCCUGAAGUCUCUCCUUGACUGAGGCAUUAUGUGAAAAAUGCAUUCCACGGCAACCCAAAGUUCUACAUCUGCGUGGCUGUACUUAAAAGGAGAGAAGAAAUGAGUGUAAACCAAUCUCCCCAGCAAAUACCAGUUUGGGAUUGCUCCCUGUGCUGGGCAGGUGCACAUCUAGAUACAAUUUCUGGCAUCUAUUUAAACUGAACAAUGUGCACAACUAGAUGAUCCCAAUGUAAAUAAUACAUCCUGGUUGGUUUAUGCAAGUAGGAGUGCAAAAUGCUCAUUUAGGUUUGCUGCUGCAUGGAAAAUGUUAUGUUCUCUGUGUUCUUACUG